AAGAAGGGUUGAAGGUGGUUGACAAUGGUGGACGGGUGGGGGUGAUGGAGGAAGAAGAAGGGUUGGAGGUGGUUGGCUAUGGUGGACGGGUGUGGGUGAUGGAGGAAGAAGAAUGGUUGGAGGUGGUCGGCUAUGGUGGACGGGUGUGGGUGAUGGAGGAAGAAGAAGGGUUGGAUGUGGUUGGCUAUGGUGGACGGGUGCAGGUGACGGAGGAAGAGGAAGGGUUGGAGGUGGCCGGCUAUGGUGGACGGGUGUGGGUGAUGGAGGAAGAAGAAGGGUUGGAGGUGGUUCGCUAUGGUGGACGGGUGUGGGUGAUGGAGGAAGAAGGAGGGUUGAAGGUGGUUAGCUAUGGCGGACGGGUGUGGGUGAUGGAGGACGAAGAAGGGUUGGAGGUGGUUGGCUAUGAUGGACGGGUGUGGGUGAUGGAGGAAGAAGAAGGGUUGGAGGUGGUCGGCUAUGGUGGAUGGGUGUGGGUGAUGGAGGAAGAAGAAGGGUUGGAGGUGGUCGGCUAUGGUGGAUGGGUGUGGGUGAUGGAGGAAGAAAAAGGGUUGGAGGUGGUUGGCUAUGGUGGACGGGUGUGGGUGAUGAAGAAAGAAAAAAGGUUGGAGGUGGUUGGCUAUGGUGGACGGGUGUGGGUGACGGAGGAAGAAGAAGGGUUGGAGGUGGUCGGCUAUGGCGGACGGGUGUGGGUGAUGAUGGAAGAAGAAGGGUUGGAGGUGGUUGGCUAUGGUCGACGGGUACGGGUGACGGAGGAAGAGGAAGGGUUGGAGGUGGUCGGCUAUGGUAAACGGGUUGGAGGACGAAGAAGGGUUGGAGGUGGUUGGCUAUGGUAGACAGGUGUGGGUGAUGGAGGAAGAAGAAGGGUUGGAGGUGGUUGGCUAUGGUGAACGGGUGU